ACGGCUUCCGGACGGACAGCGAAUACCAUGGCUGCGUUCUGCCGUCUCCUCUCGCUGCUGGCGGCGGCGGCGGCGGCGGCGGCGGCGGCGGGCGCGACCGCGACCGGGACCGGGAACGCGCCCAAUAUCAUCAUUAUUCUCAUGGACGACAUGGGAUGGGGCGAUCUCGGUGUCAAUGGAGAACCUUCAAGAGAGACUCCGAACUUGGACAGAAUGGCCACUGAGGGAAUGCUGUUCUCAAACUUCUACGCUGGCAACCCACUCUGCUCCCCGUCCCGCGCAGCACUGCUAACUGGCCGCCUUCCUGUCAGGAAUGGUUUCUACACAACCAACGCUCACGCCCGCAAUGGAUACACACCUCAGGAAAUCGUGGGAGGAAUCCCUGGUUCAGAAAUUCUGUUGCCAGAACUCCUGAAAAAGGCAGGAUAUUCCAGCAAAAUUGUUGGGAAAUGGCACCUGGGGCAUCGAGCCCAGUUCCAUCCUCUCAGACACGGCUUUGAUGAAUGGUUUGGAGCACCAAACUGCCACUUCGGGCCAUACAACAACAAGGAUAAACCCAACAUUCCUGUCUACAACAAUUCCGAGAUGGUGGGCAGGUAUUAUGAAGAGUUCCCGAUUGACCGAGCAACUGGGGAGUCCAACCUCACCCAGAUAUACCUUAAGGUGGGGAUUGAGUUUAUCCAGAGACAAGUUGCACAACGCAAACGUUUCUUUCUCUACUGGGCUGCUGACGCCACGCACGCUCCUGUCUAUGCAUCGAAGGCAUAUCUGGGAACGAGUAAGAGAGGCUUGUAUGGUGAUGCAGUGCGUGAGAUUGAUGACAGCAUCGGGAAACUUCUGCAGGAGCUGUACACACAGGGAGUCGCCAACAAUACCUUCGUGUUCUUCACAUCGGACAACGGGGCCGCUCUCAUCUCUGCCCCCAAACAAGGGGGCAGCAAUGGUCCAUUCCUCUGUGGAAAACAGACAACAUUUGAGGGGGGAAUGCGGGAGCCAGCCAUCGCCUGGUGGCCAGGACACAUCCCUGCAGGGCAGGUCAGUUACCAGCUGGGCACAGUAAUGGACCUGUUCACCACCAGCCUAGCCCUUGCUGGGCUCCCACCACCCACAGACCGGCAGCUGGAUGGCAUCGAUCUUUCUCCUGUGUUGCUGAAGAAUCAGGUCAUCGACAGGCCAGUGUUUUACUACCGUGGUGACCAGUUAAUGGCUGUGCGGCUUGGAAUGUACAAGGCACAUUACUGGACCUGGACCAAUUCUUGGAAAGAGCUGCAGAAGGGAAUUAAUUUCUGCCCAGGUCAGAACAUGACAGGUAUUACCACCCAUGAUCAGUGGGACCACUCCAAUCAGCCACUGCUCUUCCACCUUGGUCGGGAUCCGGGGGAGAAGUACCGCAUCAGUUUUUCUGACCAGGAGUAUGAGCAGGGGAUGAAGAGGAUUUCUCCUGUGGUGCAAAAACACCGGGCAUCCUUGGAGCCAGGCGAGCCGCAACUGAACAUCUGUGACCGGGCCGUCAUGAACUGGAGCCCCCCUGGCUGUGAGAAGCUUGGCAAAUGCCUGAAGGUCCCGAGCUCUGCACCAUGGAAAUGUAUCUGGCCCCACUGACACAGUGGUCAGGGCCAAGUGGAUGGGGGGGUUGGAAUCUCAGCAACUGCCCGCCCGCUCCCCACCACCAUCCCUCGUGGUCUGUUUCGCAGUAAACUGAACUGCUGAGUGAACUGGAACCUGGUGCACAGGGGACAUGUUGUGGGUGGCAGGGGUGACAUGAGCUGACUGCAGUCUCUGAUUUGUCCAGCACAUUGAACAGAUCACGGGCAGGCAGCAGCCUCUGAUCUGUCCAGCACUGGUUGUCGGGAAAUGUUCAGAUUAAAUGCUCCAAUUAAAGGCAUUGUCUUCAAACACACUAUAUGUGCAUGAUGAAUUGCAGCACAAUGAGAGUACUUGGAUCUGAACCAAUUGUCCCUACAGACGUGUGUCUCAGUAUGACCACUGCUGCAGCUGAGUGUUCAGGAAGGACAGGCAGAGGGAGAAGCAGGUAGUCAGAAGAAGCUGGCAGAGGGUAGUGUAUGCUUGGGAGAGACCAGUAAGAAGAGGGAGGAGGUUGAGGGAGACUGGUGCAAGGGUGGAGGUCAAGUAAGUCAGGUGGAAGGGAGAAAGAGACCAGUGCAGGGAGAGGAGUUCAGCAGGGCUGCUGCAGUGGAUGGAUAAACUGCACUGAUCUUGGACCUGCAGCAAGAGUCAUCAAAGAGCAGAAACACCAUUGGGAUGCGGAGGUUCCCAGGUUGUAGUAAUAAUAUCAAGCGUUGGUUUAAUUUAGGUGCCUACAACAAGGUUAAUCACAGAAAACCAUAGAAACAUAGAAAACCUACAGCACAAUACAAGGCCUUUGGCCCACAAAGCUGUGCUGAACAUGUCCUUACCUUAGAAAUUACCUAGCCCUCUAUUUUUCUGACCUCUAUGUACCUGUCCAGGAGUCUCUUAAAAGACUCUAUCGUAAACGCUUCCACCACUGCCGCUGGCAGCCUAUUCCACACGCUCUCCACUCUCUGCGUAAAAAAUCGUACCCCUGACAUCUCCUCUGUACCUACUUCCAAGCACCUUAAAAUUGUGCCCUCUCGUGCUAGCCAUUUCAGCCCUGGGAAAAAGCCUCUGACUAUCCACACGAUCAAUACCUCCGUUAUUUUAUACACCUCUAUCAGGUCACCUCUCAACCUUCGCCACUCCAAGGAGAAAAGGCCGAGUUCACUCAACCUAUUCACAUAAGGCUCGCUCCCCAAUCCAGGCAACAUCAUAGCACAGGGAACAGGCCCUUCAGCCCACAUUCUCCUUAUGGAGCUUGAUUCAAUUUUAAACUAAUCCUACCUCCCACACACAGUCUAUGUCUCUCCAUUCCUUGCCUGUUUGAGGGCCAAUAAAGAUCAUCUCUUCUA